AUGGAGGCGUAUAGCGCAAGUGUGUUACGUAUCCGUGAGGCACUGCGAGAUAAUCAGCUACAAAUGCAGCAGGUGGAGCAGUCGCUAUCGGGCUUUCAGAAAGGUCUUCUAAGAGUCGAGAAGGAGACGUUGCCAGUUUAUAAGCUUACAGAGCAGCUGCGAGGCACACAAAAAAACAUCGAUCUAAGUGUGCUGGAGCUCCGCCGAAUAAACGAAAAUUUUGAGGUGGCGCACGAGCUCGCCCCAGUGCUACUUAACGGCUCCAGAUUUGACCAGAAUGAGUUUGUCAGAGCACUACAGAAGCUGUUGAUUGCAAUAACUUUUCUUGAUAGUCAUCGCUCAUAUGAAGGGUCUGUCAAAGCUUUGGGACAAGCAAAGGAAUUACUCGUUGAAGUGCAAAAUAAGUGUUUGACCGAUUUUAUAAGCGUAGUCAGUGUACUGUCGAGAAGCGAGCGCGACAGUGGAAACGUGUUGAUCUGGAUAAAACCUAGCGAGCACGACGUCCUCAGAGGUUCUCAGCUUCUGGAAUGUCUUCUGAUCUCUGGUAUCGAUCAAAAGGAGCUUUUAGAGGAAUAUGGCAAGCAACGCUUUAGUGUGAUUAAAAUGGUUCUUACUGAUGAUUCUUGUGGAACCUCAAUCGGCUUUGAUCUUAGUACUUCUAUUUCAGCAUUAUCGAAAUAUCUGCUAGACAUUGAAGUGACCAUCAAAGCAGAAAAGGUUCUGGCUGGGCUUAUUUUCUCGGAUGAAAACCUAGCCAAUGAAGCGUUUCGUUUUUCUGUGCACCAUGUGCUGGAGUCGUGGAAGAAAGAUAUAGACAAAGCGCUGUGCUUGCCAAGACAACUUGAUGCGACUAAACUUCUACUGGCUCACGAUUUGGUACUGUCGCGACUUGACGCAUUUGAGUCCGCAGUCUGUCCACCGAUACUACUACGUAGCCGAGACGGAAGAGGACUUGACGACCCUUGGAUACUGUCCAAGGCUGUAAAGACGAUUGUUACUGAUCUCUCUACUAUAGCCAAGCAAAAGCUAUUCAAUUUCCAGGCCAGCCUGGUUGAAGCCUCGGAAGACCAAAUUGCCACCAGGGAUGGAAAUGUUCACCCAAUAUCGAGUCAUACUAUUAACUUCUUGCGAAAAGUGUGCGAUCAGGCGAAGCCACUGAAAAUUUUGCUUGAGAUUGACUCGGAUAUCAGCCCAGCCGCUUUCGUUGACACAAUCGUCACUCAACUUGUUGGGGUUAUCACAGCCAAAGCGGACCUUGUAAAAGGGCGAGACAUGCUCAAGCAGAUUUUUCUUGUCAACAAUUUUAGCUUUGUUACUAGUUCGCUACCCCAUCUCGACGAUGCAGAUUUAGAAAAGCAGCUACACACCAUCAUUAAACCGCACGUGGAAAAGUUGCGGAAUAAUGCACUCAAGGCAUUUAUUCACGUGAGCUACGCCUCUUUUACGGAAUAUCUACACGAUCCAAAAGAGAAACUACAAUAUACAAAAGGUGGAAAUAUGUUGACGCUCGAAAGCGGCAGGCUCAUAAAGGAAAAGUUUCUGAAAUUUAAUGAUCAGCUUGAAGAGCUGCAUAAAGCGCAAAAAAUGUACGUAAUAGUGGACGUUCCCAUGCGACAGCAUGUCAUUCGAACUGCCAUUGACACGAUCAUGCCAGCAUACAAGCCUUUUUAUGAAAAAUACUCAGCCAUUCAAUUUUCAAAAAAACACGCUUCCAGAUACCUGAAAUAUACUCCACAAGCGGCUCAAAGCCUCUUAAAAGAGCUGUUUACAGGAGAGGCAACGACAGUAGAGAAGCGUAGCGAUCUUGGCUCGUCGUAG